CGUGCUGUAUACGGUUCUGCCGUCUCACCAGUGUGUGCAGAAGAUUUUCCAUUCCGCGAUGGAAGCGCUCAAGAGCCGCAAUUGAUGUGGCUAUCGUUAGGAACAAGACUCUUGGCUUCUAGGAGAGGCUGUUGUCGACGCGUAUGUUGCUGCAUCAUGAGAUGGUCUCUUCCCCCCUCAUCGUCCUCUUUCUCCUUCGAUGUAUCGGUAGGCAGUCGCAUUCUCAUCAUCUCGUUCCGUUAUUCUUCCACUUCUACUUUCAUUUCUUACAAAAAUAACAACAACACAUUUAUCCAUUCUCACUCAAAUCCUUCCAUUCCAUCACACUCCUUACUAGCCCGCCGAGGCCACAAGUUCAUCCAAAAUGGCGCUACAACCCCAUUACAUCCACGCCAUCGUCAGCAACUACACACCCCAGGAGACGACAGAACUAUGCGGCCGGUGCGGCUACAAAAAAGCCAAUAUGCGAGUCGAUAAAAUCUUCAUGAGCGCUGUCAUGGGUGGAAUGUUGUUAUCUUUUGCUUGUGCGGCUUAUUUGAAUGUGAAUUCUUCUCCGUGGUUUCAGGAGAAUGCUCCGGGGUUGAUUAAGACGAUUGGAGCUCUUAUCUUUCCAUUUGGUCUCUUGAUGGUCGUCGUAACAGGGACAGACCUUUGCACAGGUUCCUUCAUGUAUACCACGAUCGCUGCGCUGCAGGGGAGGAUUUCAGUUUUGAAGAUGUUGCAGCAUUGGUUUCUUACUUUCUGGGGCAACCUCGCCGGCUGUCUCUUCGUCGUCGCCCUCAUAACCGGAUAUGGCGAGACAUUCAAAUCCUCUGCCUACGCAGCAGAAGUGAUCCGGUUCGGCACAUCGAAAGCCAUCACACCAUCCUGGCAUGCAAUCUUCCUGCGAGCCAUUGGAGCCAAUUGGCUUGUCUGCGUGGCUUGUUUCUUGAGCAUGAUGCCAAGGGAGUACUUUAGUAAAGUCAUGGCGAUUUGGUGGCCGACGUUUGCGUUUGUGAGCUUGGGGUUCGAUCAUGUUGUUGCAAACAUGUACUUCAUCCCCACAGCAAUCUUCAACCACCACCCGGACAUCACAGUCACAUACUACGUCUGGAAAUCGUUGAUUCCGGCACUCCUCGGAAACAUCAUCGGUGGUUCGCUCUUUGUCGGUGUGUUCUUUUGGUACUUGCACCUUACUGGUGAGGAAUUGGUCUCGAUUGACGGACAAUACUUCCCCGGCGACAAGCCGCGAAUGGGAAUGGCAAUAUGCAAGAGCGAAGACCCACCUCGUCACCGACGAGAAGAUUCUUUGGAGCGGAAGAAGAGCUCUGAAGAUGAAUUUUCUGCCAGGACGGCGGAGAACAUGGUAUGAGCUGGUUCGCCAGGAGUUUUGUCAGUUGGUACCAAGCGUUUGUGGGUCGUACGUAAGCAAAGUCCAGAUCGCAUCGAUGAUUUCUCCUGCAGUCCGCAUACAGGCAGCGCAGAGGCAAGACGGAAUGAAAAGAAGAAGAAAAGUCAGUGCCUGGUUCGUGAAACCUGAAUCAUCAACAGCAUGAGCGAGCCGUUUCACCAGAACACAGACUUCUGUCUCUGUUUCCUCUUCCGCGUGUGCGUGUGCUU